AUCUGAUUCAGCACUGAAUUCACAUGUUAGAUUUAUUAAAAUCAUGAGAUGGGUUUCUCUGUGCCUGAACAAUAAGAGCUCUUUGAAGAAGGGCCAGAUGUUUAACUGGACUUGACUAAUUCAAGCAUGGAUUCAAACAGAAAAGAAGGAGAAACUGAAAGUGUGCCAGUGAUUAAUCCUGCAACACAGAUUGCUCAGUUGCAUGCUCUGGCUUCUGAACUUAAAACUGGUUUCACUGAAGCCAUGCAGGAACUUACAAGAAUUCAGCAUGGGGAGUAUGCGCUGGAGGAGAAGGUCCAAAGCUGCCGGUGUGCAAUGGAGGAAAAAGUGGCAGAGAUGAAGAAUUCUCUAAAUGGUUUCAAGGAGGAGCUUAAUGAAGCCAAGUCCAUGAUUGAAGAAAUCAGUGCUAAGCAAGAAGAGAUGCAACAGAAAAUUGAACAGCUCCAACAAGAGAAACGGAAGGAAUCUCGUAAGCUCAAAGCAAAAAGAAUACAGAAGGAGGAGCAUGGCUCACAAACAGUGCCCACACCUCUGCAAGGAAGUCCUUUUCGAUCACUGAACCUUCCAGAGCCAGUUUUAAUUAAUGAAGAUUUUGUAAACCUAUUGCACAAUGCAACAUAUGAGAAAGUCUCAGAUUGCAGGCCCAGGGGACUAGGAGAAAGCAACAUGAAAGGACUAACCAGUACAAAUCUGGACACAGAAGAGAGCUUUAGAGCUUCCUCAUCAUCUGAUGCUCAGUCAUCAUCAAAAGUGUGGAAACAGACCAAGGACAGUAAAGAGUGGGGUGAUGAACAUAUUUCACAGGACCCAAAUGACAGGCAGAAGGAAGUAGGUCCGAGCAGAUAUAGCUCAAUGGAAAACAUACUGCAGGACCCUUCUGUUGCAGCUAAAAGGCAAAAUAUUGCUUUGGAUUUACUGGAGUCUGAAAGGAAGUAUGUUGUUAACCUUUCCGUGGUUCUCAAAAUUAAAACCACAUGGCAGGGACCAGAAAUGAAAAGGAAUGCCAAAGAAAGAAGUUUUUUCCCCAGCUCUUUGCGAUAUUUGGUCCAGCAGCACAUAGACUUACUCCAUGCUCUUCAGGAAAGGGUCCUGAGCUGGCCCCGGCAAGGCAUCCUGGGAGACUUAUUUCUCAAGCUGACUAAUGAUGAGAAUAAUUUUUUGGACUAUUACGUGGCUUACUUGAGAGACCUGCCAGAGUGCAUUUCGCUGAUUCAUGUAGUGAUUUUAAAAGAGAUUGAGGAUGAAAUAAAGUCUGACCUCUAUAUAUUCUUCUUUCAUAUCGUCCAGCGUAUUCCUGAAUACCUUCUUCAUUUGCAGAAUAUCUUGAAGUACACAGAACAGGAACACCCAGAUUACUACCUUCUCCUUGUUUGCGUUCAGCGCCUGCGAGUUUUCAUCUCACACUACAGCCUCCUUUUCCAGUGCAAUGAAGAUCUCCUGAUACAGAAACGAAAGAAACUGAGAAAGUCUUCCUUCAUAAAAUUAUAUAAAGGUUUAGCGUCUCAGUGUGCCAGCACCGGCCAAGACGCAUCUCCAACAUUAAGUGCAACUUCCAUCCGUGACAGUGGGAUCCACUCUGAAGAGGCAAUGCAACUGUUCCCAUCAGCACCUGGUUCUGGAAGUACAGCUAUGCACUUGAUGUCACACAUGAAGAAGAGUCAACAACAAGGAGUGGAGACCAUGCAGGGAAUGCCAUCAGGUGAGUGGGAAAGUGACGGAAGGCAGCAUGAGAGGCCUGAGAGCACCCUGACUUCAUCUCAGUUCAGCGAUCAGGACCUGAAAACACUUGCGGCCUCUCUGCAGGGCCUCCCAGAUAUGGAAUACAAUGCUCCUCCUCCUGACAUGAAAAGAAACCCUGAGCGAUCUCGGAGAGCCUCAACAUCGGAGCUUCUUCACCACAGUGCAGGUUUCACGCCUGACUAUGAAGACUUUGAAUACAUAGGGGAGACCUAUGCCAUGGGUGGCCCUUACCAGGAAGAGCCUCUCCAAAACCUGGCUGUCUUUGAGCCCUGCUCUCCGGCUUCUUCUGAGUCCAGUAUCGACAUCUGUUUUUUGAGGCCUGUGAACUUCACCACAGAGCCAGAAAGGACAGAGCACACUUUACAGCCACUGCCCAAGAGCGGAGCUCCAGCCAACAGCAGCAGCAGCACUUAUAAGCGGGAGCUUUUUCGGAGCAAAGGCAAACAGUUGAGCCGGUCCUUGAAGGAGUUUCCCCGCAGCGGGUCUGAUGGCGUCAGCACCAGGCUCUAUAGCACGCGGAGCAGCAGUGGGAGUCGGUUGCCAAACAAGCAGGAGAGGGGUUUCCAAACCCAUGGAGCCUCUGCUGUCCCCAGGAGCUCCCAGCGGAACUACUUCCCUCCACAACGAGGAGGAGGUGAAAAGCAGAGUUUUGUGGAAGAUAUGCGUUUAGAAGACAACACCAGAUUCUCUCAUAGGGAUGACAAUGAGCAAACUUCUUUCAGCAGUCACAUCCCAAGGCAAGAACAGAAAGGGGGCUUCCGACGUUCCUUUCGUAAACUCUUCAAAAAGAAAUGAUCUGGGCCAAGACUCUUCCAUGCUUCCUUUGGCUGGAGCUUUUUGCUUUGAGUGCCAUGUAAUGCGGUGGGCUUUGCUUCACGUGGCUUUAUGUUAAAGGGAAGAAAUAAUAGAAUGUUAAAAUGGGUGGCAUUUUUUUUAAAAAGUUUCAGUCCUGAAGCCCCAAAAGAAAAGACCUUGAGUGCAUUUUGCCAUCAACGAGGGCUUCGCAGUAAAAGAAGCACAGCAUGUCGUCAUUAAUGCAUAUAUUCUGCCACUGCUUCUGAAAUGAUGUUUAUCAGGAGAAACCUCAAGAAUAGGUUCCCACUAGUGCCAUUUUUGUUUGUUUACCUUGUGGACUUGCUUUGUUGAAAGUUUGCAAAUCUAAACCCUGUAUGUAGAUGGUAUCUUCCUGGAUCUAUAAACAAAUCUCAGAUCAACAUUCUACAUUUCUAUUUAAUAACUACAUUGGUAAACAUGCGGAAACCAGCUGCAUAGUUUUUGGAUGGCUCUAAAUGAACAGCUCAAGUCUAAGUGUAGCCUAAGCAUUCUGGGGUUUGGGCUAUGUGAUUAAAAUGUGAAAUGCAACUGUUACAACAUAGUUUUAGUCUGAGUAACACAAUACUUAAAAAUUCUAACGACGAUAGGUAACAAAAGCAUCCACUGAUCUGUCUCCAAAAAUGUCAAGUGGUGCUGUGCUGCAGUCUUUUAAAUCUCUAGAUCUUUGAAUUCUGAACAAAUUUCACAGCGGAAUCACUCCCAUUUUCAAAGUAGUGGGAAGUAUUCAGUAUGGACAGGAUAAAGAAAGGCCAGCGUUUAUUGGUAGAUUAAAGUCGGAAUGUACAGUACCACUAUUUUUGUGCGUGUGAUUCAAAUAAAACUUUCUGUAAAAUGCAGAUCAAGGAGAUUGCUUGAGAAUAUUUACACCCUGAACAUGAGUGUAACAUACCAUUAGUGCAACUGAUUCGGCACCAUCCAGUGAAGUAUAGAUGUAUAUAGUAUGGAUGAGAUAAAGCUCUCACGCCUGAACGGAACCGAGCAGGAAGAAAUACUGAAGGAACAGAAAAGACUGGUUAUG